CCAUCGCUCCGUGUUUCCCUCUCCCACACGCCCCCUCCGCGCCCGCCUCUGACCCGGCUACAGCCCCUCGCCUCCUCCGUGGAACCCUCCGCUCUGAGCUCCGGAGCCACCGAGCCUCCGCGCCGCGCCGUACACGGGCCGCAGCUCCAGGAUGGCGGCCGUGAAGGCGCUGCAGCAGUGGUGCCGGGUCCAGUGCGAGGGCUACCGGGACGUGAGCAUCACCAACAUGACCACCAGCUUCAGGGACGGACUGGCCUUCUGCGCGCUCAUCCACCGCCACCGGCCCGACCUCAUAGAUUUUGACGCCCUGAAGAAAGAAAACGUUUACGACAACAACAAACUGGCCUUCAGCGUUGCCGAGCAGGAGUUGGGUAUUCCUGCCCUCUUGGACGCAGAGGACAUGGUGGCCCUGCGAGUCCCCGACCGCCUCAGUAUCCUCACAUACGUGUCCCAGUACUACAACUACUUCCACGGGCGCUCCCCCAUUGGGGGCAUGGCGGGAGUGAAGCGUCCAGCAGAGGGAGCCACAGAGCAGCAGCCCGCGGGGAAGAAGAACACGCCAGUGUCCGCCAAAGUGUUCCCCCCGACUGGGCCGGCCAAGGAGAACCUGCCCCCCUCUGGUCCCCGGGACACCCACAGACAAGUGAGACCGGUAAGACAGAACGUCCCAGCAGAGCGCCCCCCUCAGACCGGUACCCUCAGCAACAAGUGUGUGUCCUGCAACAAGCAUGUCCACCUGGUGCAGCGCCACCUGGUGGACGGGAAGCUCUACCACCGCAACUGUGCCAAAACUCUAACUGGAAGUGCCUUCAGUACAGACCUGCCCAAAAACUCCUCUUUAUCCAGACCAGCUCCUGACCCAGACCCCGUGAAGACCGGCUUGAGACCUGUUCCCUCCUGGCUGUCGCACAAACCCAGCACUCCCUCUAGUGUCUCCUCCAGCACAUCACACCCACAGCCUGCUCCCUCUGCUCCUGCCUCCUCCAAAUUGGCCUCUCCUUCUAUUCUUCCUCCAAGGACCUCCGCACCGUCUACAACCAACAUCUCCAGUACCUCAUCUCCUCCACGGCCUGCUGACCCUGCACCUGUCUACUCUUCCAAAUUUAGCACUCCAUCUAUAUCUCCCCCAAAGACCACAGAAACUUCUAGAAUAAACAUCUCCAGUAGAUCAUCUUCUCCAAGGCCCACUAACUCUGCUCUUGCCCCCUCCUCAAAAUUUAGCACGCCUUCUAGAUCUCCUCCGAGGACCUCAGAAGUUUCUAAAAUAAACAUCCCCAGUAGAUCAUCUUCUCCACGGCCCACUAACUCUGCUCUUGCCCCCUUGUCAAAAUUUAGCACCCCUUCUAGAUCUCCUCCAAGGACCACAGAAGCUUCUAGAAUAAACAUCUCCAGUAAGUCAUCUUCUCCACAACCAGCAACCUCCACGAAAACCACUAGUGUUUUCCCAUCCCGCUUUUCUCCAUCUACUCCAGCCAGCAUCUCCAAAUUGGACCCAAAAACAGAAUCUAUGAUCACCACGGAGUCUACAGCUCCGACUCCUACGCCUAGGACCUCCAUCGCCUCCAAAAAUCUCCAGGCCAAACUCAAGUUCUUCCAAUCUAAUGAUGCAGAAGGCAAUAGAGAGGAGAAAGGAGCCCCAGGUAGGAACCAGCCUGCGGUGGUGUUCGGUGGGCAGAAGGAGGAGCAGACAGCCACACACUCCGUCACGGUGGUGGUCCAGGUGGGCGAGAAGAAGAACGAGAAGGAUCUGAGAGAGGCCAAGGCGUCGGCUGUAGCCAUCAUCUCCAAGAAACUGACUGAGGAGAACAACAACACGCCAGCCUGGAGCACCAGCAAAACCAAAGCUGUCUCUCUCCACAGACCCAGCUCAGAGGCCCCGAAGAAGGAAGGGGAGGGGGUCAGGGGGAGGGUCCGGCUGCGGGCCAACCCCGCCCUGCUGUCGGACCUGACCACCAGCUCGUCCCUGGACCCCAAGAGCACUCCGGCUGAGAGGAGCACCCCGGCUGACAAGAGCACACCCUCAGACUUCAGAGGGGCUCCUAAACCAAGGAACACCUCCCCACCUCCUUCAGGUCCACACAAAGAGUCCCCGUCUGACUGGAGAACCCACCUCAAACCUGUGUCCAAAGAGUCCACAGAGCCCAGCGCGUCCUCGUCCUCUCAGUCCUCUCUCAAACCCUGGACCAACGGCUCUGGUCUGUCCCAGUCCACAGACCCGACCAGACCCGGACCCAGAGGCCCCGCCCCCGGCACCUCUGCCAUGCCCCCACCUCACAAAGGCUUCAGCUAUGUUCCCACACAGCCCACAGCCCCGGAGCUCUCCAACAGACGCAAGACCAGAGCAGACUACAUCCCCCCAGACGACAUCCUGAAGGAGCUGCAGCACAUCGAGGACAGUCUCAACGAACUGGAGAAGACCGGAGUGGAACUGGAGCUCAAACUGAGGACCAGUGAGGAGAACGGAGAGGACGAGAGUGUGAUGAACGAGCUGAUGGUGGACUGGUUCACUCUGAUCAGGAACAAGCAGGUGGCCAUGCGCCGUGAGUCUGAGCUCGUCUACAUAGGGAGGACUCAGGAGCUGGAGGAGGAGCAGCCCACAGUGGAAGAGGAACUGCGCAGACUCUUCAACAAACCAGAUCACCUGAAGACCUCAUGGGAGCGGCGCAGAGAGGAGGAGCUCAUGAAGAAGCUGGUGGAGAUCGUCAACAACAGAAAUGAGAUCGUGGAGGGACUGGAUGAGGACCGCCUCAGAGAGAAAGAGGAAGACGAGCAGCUCAGCCAACUGAUGGAGAGCUUCAACCUGAAGAAGGAAAAGAAGAAGUCCUUUUUAUCCCGACUCUUCGGCAAGGACAAAUGAGCUCCUAUGGGUGCUCCUACAGGUGUUCCUACGGGUGAUCCUACAGGUGCUCCUACGGGUGCUUCUACAGGUGUUCCUACGGGUGCUCCUACAGGUGCUCCUACGGGUGGUCCUAUGGGUGGUCCUACGGGUGAUCCUACAGGUGAUCCUUUGGGUGCUCUAUGGAAGCUGAAAGGACACUUUGAACUCCUUUGGGUGCUCCUGUUGGUUCUCCUUGUGUGACCCGGGCUUGGCAUCAGCUCUCUCUUUGGACCAGAGCCUUAGACUAAGUUUGGGUUCUUCUUUUUUAAUGAAUCCAUUUGACGUUUCUGAAAUGUGAAAUGAGCCUGAGCUGACGUGGAUCAAAACAUCACAUGUGUCCAGUUUAAUGUGCAAUAACUUUGAGCUUUCAUCAUCACCACGACCGAGAUCAGAUGAACACUACACACGUCCUACACACGUCCUACACACGUCCUACACACGUCCUACACACGUCCUACACACGUCCUACACACGUCCUACACACGUCCUACACACGUCCAGCUAGGACCUGUGGACGAGACCGGGGACGAGAUCAGGACGAGAUCAGGACGAGAUCGGGACGAGAUCGGGACGAGACCGGGGACGAGACCGGGGACGAGACCGGGGACGAGACCGGGACGAGACCGGGGACGAGACCGGGGACGAGACCGGGGACGAGACGGGGACGAGACUAGAACUAAACCAGGAACUAGACUAGGGACUAAACUAGGGACUAAACUAGGGACUAAACCAGGGAUUAGACAAAGGACUAAACCGGGGACUAGACCAGGGACUAGACCAGGGACUAGACCAGGGACUAGACCAGGGACUAGACCAGGGACUAGACUAGGGACCAGGACAAGGACUAAACCUGGUCUAAACACUGCUUGUUAGUAGCUCGACAUGAGGACAAACGUGUCUAAACUCUCUAAAUGAGCCAAUGAACGGCAGUGGCCCACAGUUUGAGAAACCGUGUCCUCCUCUGUGACACGAGGCAGCUGAGUCAGGUCACUGCACACUUUCACGCACUUAUACUGUACUCCUUUGCUCUUACUGUUAAAGCAGCACUACAGAACCUUUGAGACGUUUUUGGAUUUGCCACAUGCAGUAUUUUUAAUGGAUGGUGCCGCCGUGGUCCAUAUUGGAUCUGAGUGGUGGAGGAAUAUGAUUUGAAUGUAUGAUCUGUGUGUCUGACUUUUGAUAAUAUUUGUAAAUUAUGCAAAAAUAUUAAAAGUUUUCACAAUAAAA